AUGGUUCUUCCCAAAUUUCAUAAUCCCAACAACCAGGACUCGAAACCCCGCCCCGAGGACGCUGGCGUCGACAAAAUUGACUCGUUGGACCCCGUGAGCAUGGGGUUGCACCACGACGGGCCCUACGAUGCUGCCAUGCCCUCGGAAAACCGCAACCGGGCCACGGCGCCGAUGGCGGCGUUCUCGCGUGAGGUUCAAGGCGAAGUGAACGUGCCUAAGGAGAAGUUCGACGUGUUUGACACCGAGGACGGCAUGGACUACAACCCCGUGUACGGUCAGCCGCUGGAAGGGCUUGGCCAGACGACGUUCCUCGAGGGCGCGCCUGCUCCCAAAGCCGCGCAAGAGGACGUGAUCGAGGAACACAAGGAGUUUGAUGAGGCUCACCACCACCACCUUCACCACCACCACAAGGACCACAAGGACCACGAGAAACACCACUUGUUCCAGAAGGAUUAG